AUGACCCGGCUCCUCCCCCUCCUAAGCAACCUCCGCUUAAGAUUUGGUCUAGGCUGGACCUCUCCAACCCCCGUUACAAAGGGCCAGGAAGUAUGGCUUUUCGACAACACUGCAUUCCCCACCCCUGGCCAACCCGGGAAAUGGAGCGCCGAGUUCGUAGCCGCCUACUUCCAAGAGGACUCCGGUGAGAGGGCAGCCAGGGUCGUCGCAGAGAUAGCGGACCAGCUGGGCUUCGCUGGAGACGAUGAGGCAGAAAGUAGGAUCGCCGAGCGUGUGGAGCCGUUUCUGAACAUGAUUCUCUCGAGGAAGUAUGUUGAUGUGAUGUUUGGUGGUGAGGCCGGGGAAGGGGGGGUGAAUGGCGGGGAGGGAGUUUUGAAGCUGGGACCGGCGGCAAGACACGGGAUUAGUGUUAAUGAGCUUGUCUUGCCGGGGGAAGGGUAUGUCGACGAUCAGAUUGUCGAGAGUUCUGCGGUGUUGGUUGAGGGGAAGGCGACUAUGCGAACGGCGUUCGCGGAGGAGGUUGGGUGGGGUGUUAUCUCUGGUUGGUGUUCCCCUCACUGCACCCCCCGUGAGAACGAUGAUUGAUGUAAAGGUGUAUGGAAAAAAACAGACAUAGACGAUACCAUAAAAAUCUCCGAAGUCCGCAACCGCAUCUCCCUCCUAAGACACACCUUCGUCGACUUACCUACACCCGUACCUGGCAUGCCGGAACUGUACCAAAGCCUCCAAUCGCGCCUCAACAAACCCGUCUGGUUCUACCUCUCUGCAAGCCCUUACAACCUUUACCCGCUCCUGCGGAGCUUCACCUCUACCCACUUCCCCCGCGGGCAAUUAUUGCUCCGAGAAAUGUCUUGGAUGGAGCUACAGUCGUUUAUAGUCUCCCUGACCAUCGGCACGCAACGGUAUAAAGAGGAAAGGAUCAGAAGGGCUUUCGCCUGGCUACCGGAGAGGAAGUGGGUGCUUAUCGGGGAUAGCACGCAGACGGACCCGGAGGCUUAUGCUACGUUGUAUAAGGAGUUCCCGGAGAGGGUGGGAAGGAUUUGGAUUAGGGCUGUGAAGGGGGUUGACGAAGCGGAGGAGGCGGAGUUAAAUUCGCAAAGAAGGUUUGAGAGGGCGUUCGAGGGGGUACCAGCCCAUGUGUGGAGGACGUUCGAGCAGCCGGAAGAGUUGGAGAAAAGUGUUCGGGAGUUGGAGUGAAUCUCUAGAUACUGUUGGCUCCUGUUGGGCGCACUGGAAUAAUAAGAUGGUCUAUACGAUAGACGAAUAAUUGGGAGGCCGUUUUUUUCCCGCAUAUUUGCUUUUGCUUGUGGAUCAUAUGUAUGGAGUGGUGCUAUAAUCAGGAGUUCUUCCAUGUUACCUGAGCCUAUUAUGCGCGUUCUAUCUAUUCGUGCGAGUGAUGGUAUCGAAAGCAGGGUUCACGACACCCUGUUGUAACCGAAUACCGGACAGGGCCCAGUUUAGAUGCGCUCUCUGGGGAGGAAAAAGAAGCAGUGGGAUAUUCGGUAGAGACAGGGAAUAGCCUGACGCUCGUGAAGUGCCUCAACCCUCCACUUCUGCUCCAGUUAGAAGAUUUUUCUAGGGAUCAAAUACGGUAUUCCUGCGGU